UUCAGAUGAGGACCUAGUAGCCCCAUUCAUAUCUCCCCCACCUCUCCCUCAGCUUGACCAUUGUCAAUAAGCGCCUUUUCUAAAGCGGCUUCUUUUGUCUUAGUAUCCGAUCAUGGCGUCCUCCCUGCUGCUCCAUCCCAGAGCCGUGCGCCUGGCGGCGAGCCCUCUAUACCCGCACAAUGCGGCGAACCCUCGCAAUGCCGUCCAUUCUAGUCUCACGCAGAGGCCAGUCGUUCGACCAGCGGCUUGCGCACGCAGCCGUUCGAUCGUGCCGAUCAGCGCAUCUAAGCCGUCCACUCAGCUCUCCGCGCUCUGCCCCGCAGCCGGCCUCCCUGAUCUACGGCUGCGAUCUCGAAGCAGCGCGAAGCGCUCUUCGGCGGAAAACCAAAGAUCAGCGCAGCGCCUGGUCGUUUCCGCGUCCGCCGCCGCCGCCGCCGCUCCCGCUCCAGCGGAGAGCGAGAAGCCUAAGUUCACGUGGGCUGGCGCCGUGCCUAUCCCGUUCGUUAUCUCCGUCGGCGUCGGCUUGGCCGUCCGAUUCUUAGUCCCGGUCCCCGCCGGAGUGACAGCCCAGGCAUGGCAACUGCUAGCUAUCUUCCUCUCUACCAUCACUGGUCUGGUGCUCGGCCCUCUCCCCGUGGGCGCGUGGGCCUUUGUGUGCCUCACCUUCACUGUGCUCUCCAAGACGCUCUCCUUCGCUGCUGCCUUCAGCGCCAUGACGAACGAGGUCAUCUGGCUCAUCGUCAUCUCCUUCUUCUUCGCCCGUGGCUUCGUCAAGACCGGCUUGGGCGACCGAGUGGCCACCUACUUUGUUAAGUGGUUCGGCAAGAGCACGCUGGGGCUCAGCUAUGGACUGGCAGUCUCCGAGGCCCUCAUCUCGCCCACCAUGCCCAGCACCACAGCACGAGCAGGAGGUGUCUUUCUGCCCAUCAUCAGCAGCUUGGCGCGCAGCUUCAACAGCCUACCCAAUGACCCGAGCUCCAAGAAGCUCGGAAGGUUCCUCAUCAUGUCGCAGUUCCAGGCCUCUGCCAACGCCAGUGCCAUGUACCUCACGGGAGGCGCCCAGAACCUGCUGUGCAUAAAGCUGGCACAGGAGCUGGGAGUGGUGAUCCCCAACGUGUGGGCCACGUGGUUCAAGCUCGCCGCCAUCCCAGGCUUGAUCGGGCUGCUAGUGACGCCCCUCCUCCUCUUCAACCUCUACCCCCCCGAGCUCAAGGACACCCCUGAGGCGCCCGGCCUGGCGGAGGUGAAGCUGAAGGAGAUGGGCCCUGUGACCCCCAAUGAGCUCAUCAUGGUUUUCACCAUGCUGCUCGCAGUGUCGCUAUGGGUGCUCGGUGACUCCAUCGGCAUUCCCAGCGUCGUGGCAGCGAUGAUAGCCCUCUGUGUCCUCCUCCUCUCCGGCGUGCUCUCGUGGAACGACUGCCUCUCGGAGAAGUCCGCCUGGGACACCCUCGCCUGGUUCGCCGUGCUCAUAGGCAUGUCGGCGCAGCUGAAUGCGAUGGGCAUCGUGCAGUGGAUGGCGGACAACGUCGCCUCUGGACUCACGGGUGCAGGGGGUUCUUGGGUUGGGAAUUUCUUCAAGCUCCAGGCCAUGUACUUCGGCUCGCAUUAUCUCUUUGCCAGCCAGACGGGCCACGUGGGCGCUCUCUACUCUGCCUUCCUGGCGAUGCAGCUGGCAGCGGGCGUGCCAGGUGUCCUUGCGGCAUUGGCUCUUGCGCUCAACACCAACCUGUUCGGCUCCAUCACCCACUACAGCAGUGGGCAGGCGGCGUUGUACUAUGGAGCUGGCUACAUCGACCUGCCUGACGUGUUCAAGUUUGGCGCCAUCACAGCAGCGGUCAACAUUGUCAUUUGGAUCGCUGUUUGUGCCUUCUGGUGGAAGGUCAACGGCCUAUUCUGAUUGGUCGGAUCAACAGCUCUGUCAGGUAGAUGCUCUAUAGUGUCAGGUCACAGGUGGCUUCUCAUUGGCUGGAUAAUUCUGGUCUGGCGACUCUUGUAGGGGUGUGUGGUGUGUACCUUGCCAGCCAUUUUUUAAUCAGUCCAAUAGUAGUGCUCAUUAACUAACCCAGGUGUUUUGUUAUGAGCAUCUGACUGAACCAUCAGAGUAGGGUGCAGUGAAUGGGACAACAGCACAACGUUUUCAGGACAUAUCAAUGCAAUGUGGGUCAUGUGCCCACCGGAUAACACAAU